AUGGCAGCCCACGGCGGGGUGAACCCGGCGGCCAUGAGCAAGAGACUAUGGAACGCGGUGAGGGUUGCGUUGUUUAUGCUGAGGAAAGGGUUGGUCUCGAACAGGAACGCCGUGGCUGACUUGAAUCUGAUGGUGAAGAAGAGAGCGAAGCUUCUGAAGAGGGCUCUCCGGAAUCUGUUGUCCCACCACCGGAAACAACCCAGAGGCAUGGCGGUGGCCGGCCGCGGGUUACGGGAAUAUGAGUUCUCUUGCAGCAACAACUCAAGUCCUGUAUUUUUCGGGCCGUCGACGUGGAAGAGGAAACGCCACCAUCGACUCCUUCAGCUUCCAUGCAUCAAUCGGUCUCUGGUCCAGCAGCAAGAGGAAGAAGGAGAGGAAGAGGAAGAGGAAGAAGAUGAGAUGGUUACUGGCGAUGGAAACGGAGAAGUGGACGACGAUGCGGAGGAAUUCAUCAGAAGGUUUUAUGAGCAGCUGAGGCUGCAAAGUAGGAUUCAGUAUCUCCAGUAUGAUCAAGACAUGCAAUUCCAGCAGGACAUCAAUUAA